AUGGUCAUCUCAUCCGACUCCUGCCGCAGCCAGUCGACGAACACUAAGGACUGCUGGGAGAAACUUUACCGGGCCGUAAUUAGAUCCGCUCAAGUACCCGGUAAAACAAGUCUAGAAAAGAAGGAACGUGUCAAGAAACUCAUAGAGAAGUCUGAGGCAGUGACGCGGGACUGGAAGUACAAACUGGCUAAGAAGAAAGCAAAUCGUAGAGGAGGACCCGUGGGCGAAUGGUAG